CCAUGCAAUUUCUUUAGUGAGGAUGGUGGUUAGUUCAUUUGGCUGGAUUUGUGAUGCAUACUGACGCCAACAAUGGGAGUUCACUUCCUGCACCCUGCCGUUACUAUGAAGGACUCUCCUUCUCAACUCCUGGACACCACCAGGUUAAACGACCACUGCUCAUCUCUGUCGAAUGAGAGAGGAGGAGUAUGGUGACUUUAAGUCUCCUCCUUCUAUUGUUCUUUCACCUCCACAGAGCCAGCAUUUCUUGGGCCCACAGUUGAUCCCAUGCAUUGAAGCUUUGCCGCAGUCUUCUCCAGAAGUCAUACUUCCUUUCAGAAUAUGGGCCUUAUUUGUCCAUCUGAAGCCUGUGGCUCAAUAUCAAAAUACCCUUGGGAAUUAGAGGAAGAUUUGAAUUCAUAUAGCCUGUGACCACAAGCCAAACCAGAGAGUUUGAGACAAUCAACUAUGUGCAGUUACUGAUAUAAUAUUGAGUAUAGGUGAGCCAAUUUGCAUACAGCGAGCUCCCACACACAAAUGUGAUUAAGACCAGAUAAUGUGUGUGAUAUUGAUUGGAGGCUAAAGAUUAGCUAGGAUAAAUCAAUAAGGUGUAGACCUACUCUACCAUUCAAAAAAAUCAUGGCUCAUCCGAUUGUAACCUCAAAUCUACAUCUCGUUCUAUUCUUGAUAAUCGUUCACCCCCUUGCUUGACAGGAAUCUACUUCAAAAAUAUUAAAACCUGUUUCUUCCACCAUCACCUUUAUCAGCAAGAGUUUGACAGACUUGGGAUCCUCUAAAAGAAAAAAACAUUUUGCCUCACUCCUGUUUUAAAUGAACAACUCCUGAUUUUUAAAGUGAUCCCUCGGUUCUAGACCUCGCACAACUUGCACUUCGUCAAAACAACUCUGGAUUUUAUAUAUAUUUCAAUGGGGCGGGGGAGCUCGUUUUUUAAGCCCUAACACCAGAACAAUUUUGUCAAUAUCGGCAGAGAAACAAGAACUUGCACUAGGUAACUUAAUUCGCCGGCCCCCUAGAGUUAUCUAGUUUUAAAGAUGUAAAACAAAAAAUUACUGGAAAUACUCAGCUGACCGAUCUGCAUUUGAAAGGCUCCACCCAGCUUUUUUUAUUUCCAAAACUGGCUGACCAACCCCUACGUUUCCCCGACUCCAGCUCCCAAACGUUUGCUGUGUUUCUACCGCAUUUGUAAAGUAUCUGUUCCUUGAAUCACAUCUUGUGACAGUGCAAAGACAUCCGUAUUAAAAAUGUUGGCUGGUGUUGCAGCCGUGUUACUGUUCCUGACAAGCCAGUGAGGUAAUGGGACUUUUUGCAAAUCAGUCUGGCACCACACAGGGUCAGAGAAUUACAUCACAGCAGGAUACAGAGCCAAGAUACAUACGUCUAUCCAACACUCGUUAAACCAAAAAAAAAAUCCAAAUGCGGACUUAGAUUCAGUUAAUUUUACCAAGUGUCGUGAACUCUUCCAAUACAUUUCCAGACAGACGUGAUAAAACCUGGUGUGCAGUGGGGUGGUAGGAGAGACCCAUUUGCACAGAGUUAACCUCCUCUUGGGAAGUCAACCUACCAGAAACAGGUUCCAUCGGGAUUAGAGGCAGGGCUCAAUCCGCCGGAAGUCUGUAUAUUCCAGUAGAUAAGCACCAGCGGGAAUUAUAGGGGCGGGUGUGAGUGUGAGAGAGAAAGGCAGAGGAGGAGCAGGAGCAGGAGGAGGAGGGAAACAGAGAUUGGACCCACUGGGCGUCUCUGCAGAUUUGAUGAGACAGGGAGGAGUUAGGUUUUUGUGUUUCAGAGAGUUAGCCUGGCCAGGUUAGAGUGGGAGUUAGACAGGGAUUGGGAGGAGAAAGGGGUGUGCGCGAUGGAGCUGGAUUCUGAGCAGAGCUCUACCUGAGCGGGUUUAAGGGAAAGGGGUGUGGAGGAGGAGAGUACAGUCCACUGCAGACUGACAGAGGAAGAGAUGGCGGAUCACAUUCAGUCCGCAGCCAGUAAAAGUAUCCGGCCUUUCAGGACCAGUGAGGAGUAUCUGUACGCUAUGAAGGAGGAUUUGGCGGAGUGGCUGAACGCCCUGUAUGAUCUGGAUAUCCACGUCGACAUGUUCAUGGAAGUGCUGGAGACGGGCUGUGUGCUGUGCCAACACGCCAACAAUGUGAACCAGGCUGCCCGGGAGUUCGAGAGCCGCUGGCCCGAGGCUGCAGUCACCAUCCCCCGGGCCGAGGUCACCUUCAGCUCCAGGAACGUGUGCCCCGGCUCCUUCAUCGCCCGCGACAACCUCUCCAACUUCAUCGGCUGGUGCCGCCGGGAGCUCCGGGUCCGGGACGCGCUCAUGUUCGAGACCGACGACCUGGUCCUCCGCAAGAACGAGAAGAACUUCGUGCUGUGCCUGCUCGAGGUGGCCCGCCGCGGAUCCAAGUUCGGCAUGUUAGCCCCGGUCCUCAUCCAGAUGGAGGAGGAGAUCGACCAGGAGAUCCGGGAUGCCCUUCAGGAGCCCCCUGACCAGGAGCUCGGUCAACCCCGAGCCCAGAGGAGGCUCUGUGACUUCAAGAACCUGGACGCCAUGGUCCGUGAGAUCCUUGGCCACUGUACGUGUCCAUCACAGUUCCCUAUGACAAAAGUAUCUGAGGGUAAAUAUAAAGUCGGUGAGACCAGCACAUUGAUCUUCAUCAGAGUUUUGAGAAAUCAUGUGAUGGUGCGUGUUGGAGGAGGCUGGGAUACGCUUGAACAUUAUCUGGAUAAGCAUGAUCCGUGUAGAUGUGCUUCACUCACACACCGCCCCACACCAAGGUUUCCGAAGACGAACCUGAAUACGAGUCCUCGUACCUCCAGAACUCCAAGCCCUGCACCGAGCCAUUUCUCUGAAGGUUCAAACACACUCAAAGUGCUUGAGCUUAAUGUUCAAACAGAUAUAAAGGCGCCAUCUGCAACAGAGUUUGUAACUGUGAAACAAAACUCAAUACGACCUGAUCGACCAUUUAGUCCAACUAACACAGCUGGCAAAACAACAACAGAAAGAUACCAGGAUCCAUCUGUCAACUCAGUUCGUGGAAUUGACAAAAUCAACAAGCGUUCCAUUCAAUCACGCAGCACAUCUGUUGGAAGAACUUCUUCACCUCAACCACGUGAUCGUUCAGUACCAAGACUUCCAAACUCUAGAAGGCAAAGAGAUGACUCAAUUCCUCGACGGCAUCCAGGUGACCAUGAAAGUCCAUCUGCACAAACUGGAAGACCGAAGACAUCACUCUCUGUGAAUAAGGCCUUAAGUGAUGACGUUCUGAUCAUAAACCGAAUUGGAGGUGCACACAUGAUCCAAAGAAAUGGAGUGCAGCAAGAUUCAAAGCAACGGACUGGUCAAACGAGAAGGAGGAGUGAGCCAUCGGACCAGAGUGCGGGCCGUGAAAAGUCACACCAGUCCCUGGAUACCCCUCCGCAAAGACGCAGUAAUGCACGUGUUUCUCGAGAACCCAACAGGACACCAAACCAGAAGCCAACUGUGGUAAAGAAGGGGAAGUUGCAAAACAACAAUGCUAUCCUGAUCAGCCGAGGGAAAGAGGGACAGCAUUCCUGGGUUCGUGCAGAUGAAUCAGUGAGUAGUAGUAAAGAAGCAAAUACAAGGAUUUCUCGAACUAAAUCACCUGCUCCAUCAGCUUUAAACCAUUUGCAUGCAGCUCAGAAAGAGACCAAAUGCCCAACUCCUUUAGUUUCUAAAGCAAAGACAUCUAUGACCUUAAAGAGAUCAUCUAGUCCUGUGCCUAAAGUUUGUUCAUCCAGGCAGUCAAUACCAUUGUCUCGACCUGGCAGAAGCACUCAGCAGGCUUUGUGCUAUGACGACAAUCAGAAUGUGUUAAAUGUUUGUGUAAACUCUCCUGACCAUCCUCAGUCUUCUGUUGGCUGCAGUGACACAAAUGGCUGCACUCCAAGCUCCCCCUCAGAGACUGAAGGCGAGGGGGACAUAUUCAGUGUGACCCAGGAAUUUGAUUCCAAUAAAGAACAAGAACUCUACAGGAGCUUUGAGGAGGAAUUUCUGGCAAAUACAAAGCAAGUCCCAUUGGAGGACGGUGACCAUGAGAUUUCUGAAAUGUUUCUUGAUGCUACCACAGUCCAGCCAGUUCAAAAAGCAGAGCAGAAGGUCAUUGAUUCUGCAUACUGCUCCAUAACCACCACCACUACGUCUGUAAACCUGAUGAACAAGCUGCAGGGUCACCUCCGGGAAGAGACUGAAAAAAUCACAACGCCCCUGUUGGGGUGCUUAUGUCAUGACACAAACUCAAUGGUAAAUGAGAUCCAGGAAGGGUAUGGUCAGAUGGACUGUGCAGAUGAUGGUGGUGGAUGGCAUGGAGGGUGUCCAAGUGUAUACACAACAUCUAAUGUUCUCAAAACUAUAGAGAAUGUAAAGGAACCUAUACUGUCGAGUCCCUUAGCUGAAAAGACGUUUUAUAUGAUUCACCUGAGGGGCCGAGCCGAAUUGGAGAAGGAACAGAAUGGGGAUGCCCCCGCUGAAAGAAACACUGAACAAAGUGACUGCAAGGGAGUGGGCAGAAUUCCUGCCUUGAACGCAGGGGAUGAUCAAAGUCACGAAAACAGUGAAGGGUCCUUCAUUGAGACAUCCAGUGAGUCGUCUGUUAAUGUCCAACUGAAUUCCCAUCACAAACACGGUGUUCAAAUGAGGCCCAAGAAAGGGCUAAAGAAACCCGACCGAGUGCCUUCUGUCUACAAGCUGAAGCUGCGGCCCAAGAUUCGGCCACGCACUGACAAUCAACCAGAAAAGAAGCCCUCGAGAAUUCCCACUCCGGUCAGCUGCAAAUCAGGCCUGAAGUCUCCAAGAUCAGCUCCCAGCUCUCUACAGGACAAACGCAAGCUAAAACACAAAAUAAUCCUACACCAUGAAGAACUUCAGAGUUCCAGAGAGGAGCUCGUGCCUUCGCCCACAGAGACCAGAGAGGUAGUUCCAUCGGUUAACCAGGAUGAAGGGUCCUGGGUUUAACUUCUCAAAUGAGUUCCUUGUUUACAGUUUAAAACUCCGAGCUUUUCCUUUGCACUUGUAUCAAUUUUGAAAUGAACCAAAUGACUAUCAGCAUCUCAGGUUGUAUGCAAUACAGCAAAUUUAGAAACCCUAAUCUCCCUGUAUACUUAGUGCUGGGACUGGAGAAGAGAAAGGAGGAGAAUCUAAUUGGAUGGGAUGACUAGAAUCCUCCAAUUACCCGGCACUGUUUGUUGCAGGCAGGGAUUAUUGUUGCAGUUGGUUUCUCGUAAUUGGACAGAUUCUCACCUCUACUUUGGGUUCAUAGGUCACCAGGGCUGUUGAAUUCUGACUGGGACAUUUUGGGUUCUAUCAAUGGCCAAGAGUUGUGCCCCAUGAAUUCCUAUUUUGAAAUGGAUCACCAAAUCUAACAGUUAUGAAUCUGGAUGUACUUUGCUUGACUUUGAGGGGAAUAAAACCAAAUGGUCACUUGUUUACAUUUCAAAUGUGGUACAAAAGCAACCUUCCUCCGAGAGACCAGGUCCUAGCCCAAUGACACUUCUCUUGGUUUCUCUGAUAGGGUGUGGUGGUAGAAAACUAAUACCAGCCGAAACCUCUUGCCUGUCCACUCGUUUUAUUGUCCGACUUUCUCUUUCAGUACAUCAUGUAUCUUGUAGCUGGUGACCUAUCCUAUUUAUGUAGCAAGUUAGAGAAUUCACAGGUUGCCCUUAAGGUUUGUUCUUGUGUGGUAUUUAUUUUGUCAGACCUGAGAUGUUCACUUUUUUUUUCCCCUGUGCUGCUAAUCCACAAGAGUCCGAAUGGUUGUGUGGCAGGACAGGAACGAGGGAGCUCUUAUACUGAGCAACACAUACUGGAACUGUCGAGUGUUCACCCGCUACCCAAUCCUCUGAAUUAAUAACUGACUGAAAGUUAGAAACCUUAAAUUAUACCUAGGUGAGGAGUUAACCAUCUCAAAGAGACCAAGUGAUCCUGGGCUCGGUUCUGAGCAACCAAUUCAUUGCAUCAUUUGCACAUUUACAAAACUCUUUAUCGAGCUAGUUUCACUUCAUUGUACACUGGCACCUGACUCAACCGCUGCAGAAAGUAGUGUUCUGUGUGAAUGCUGCUGAAAAAGAAUUAUUAACUGAUUAAUUAUCAUAUCUAACCAGUGGGUUAAUCUCUGGAAUGGGCUGAGUAAUUUUUAACAAGGUUAAUUUCUGUAAAGUAAUCCUUUUAAAAGCAAAGACUUAGUGAUCCAGAAUGUUUGAAUGGGGAUGGUUUUUGAGCGGAAUCUGUAAUAUUAAUGUGUUUGAUUGAGAGUUCCUGACUGAAUACACUUUAACCCCUGGAUUCGAUGUGAAUACAGUUUCUACUCAGAGGUUGGUGCUAAGCUGAGCAUUGCUGCUCACGGGCAGAGACAGGAGAGAGUCCGGGCAAGGAAGCGGUAUUGGACAGUGAGAGCUCAGGCCUGGAGGCCCUGGGAGAUCAGCAUUCUCAAUUAAGCACACUAAUCCUACAGGUCCGAUAUAAUCUCCAAGUUAAUUCGCACAGCAGGGGUCUGCCUGGGUUCUGGAAUAUCUUUAUCUCCCUGUAUCUGACUCGAAUAGUUGGUGUAUUAUAGAGUGGAAUCCCAAACUUCAAAAUCACUUACGUGUAGGAAUUGCACCUUUCUUAAAAUUGAGCCACUUCUAUUCACAAUCCUGUUUGGGUUGCCCCUCCAUCUCACCAUUAUUCCUAAAUCCCACUUGUCCACAGACAGUGGAUGAAACUUUUUAAAUUGCCAGGACAUUAGAGAUAUGUAGCUGUUGACACGCUGUCUCCUGUGAUAACGUCCUGGCGUUUAAGUUGUGAUUUUUGAUCUGUUUAAUUAUGAAUGAAUAUACAAUUUGCCCACCAAAAUCUGGGGGUAAAUUACGCCCCGUUUCUGUUGCUACCCCCUUGCUGGUCAGAUUGAAAUAAGUGAGAAAUGUUUCAAGCAAUCCCCCUAUCCUUUAGAAAGUAAAUUUUAGAUGUUUCACUUCCAAGUGACAUCCAUAGUACACCAGGACCUCACUCUUAGUGAGGUUCCUGUGUUCUUUUAGAAGCUCACAGCCAGUUCUCUCCACUUGAUGUGAUAAAGUUUCUCGUUCUCAGUUUCUGAUUCCGUAUUUGAAUUUACAAUGUGAAUUAAUUAUUUAUGCAAAGGAUUUGUGCCCCACCCUUUGACUUGACUUGUGGAAGGGAAUUCGGAGUAAAUAGCCCAAAUACAGCCAGCACAUUGACCAACACCCAUUCAAUUUAUAAUUGUUAAAUUGUCUUGCGGGGAUAUUAUGUUUAAUUUUGGGACCAGUCGUAUUGCUGCUACUUGCAGGUACAUUGUUUGCACGGUGUUAAAUAUAAACUAUUCCCUCAGUCCAAAACUGUGACUGACUGACUUGUGGAAAAUCUAGGUAGUGUCACCUUAUAUUUAAGGAGUUGGUUGUAGGGCAUUUGAUUUUCUCUAGCAUGAUAGUAUUUAUUCAAGUGUAAAGUAUGCAGUUAUUAACUAUGCAAUUUCAGCUGGUGAAAAUGUUUUAAUGAACAUAUCUUAAAUGAUUAUUCACUGGUUAUUUAAAUACUGAUUUGUAGCACUAUUCUGCUAAAGAUAUUUUAAAAAUUGACACAAGUAGGUAUGCAUUAAUUGUGGCACUUUUAAAUUGCCCGUUAAGUCCUGAAACUCCACUAAUUCUUUCAUAGAAUUUGAACACCUGCAGGUGGCUGUUUUUCAGCCUGAUACAUAUCAAAACAUGUAUUAACACAGUGUUCUUUGAAAAGUUGACUAAUUAAGAAAAUCUUGUGCAGAUAUUCAGGAUUUUGCCUUUCUUUAGAACUCCUAUUUGAGUUGUGUAAAUGAGCAGUUACAUUUGUUUGAGUGGAAUUAUUUUUGGGCCAUUUUUGACAGUAAGACACAGAAUGUGUACGUUGUAGCCAGAAAGGCAGCUGGUAUUGGAGCCUGUCAACAUAACAGGUGCUUUUAAGAACAGCUGUACUGCAAGGAAGGCUUGGCAGAUCCAGUUUGCCAAGAGGCACUAAUGAAUAGAAUUGUGCAUAAGUGAGGAAAUCACUGCUUUGCCCUCCGCUGAUUAGAGAUGGUUAUUCAUGCAAGGAUUUGGCCUUUCUGACUGUCCCUUUUGUCUUAAUUCUGUUUUCCUUCUCCCCUGCAUUAUUUCUUUUUCAUUUCCCCCACCCCUAAUUUUUGUCUCCCCUGAUUUUCUAAUGAUGAGACCAUUUUAUUAUUUUGAUCAAGACUAAAAGUGGAAAGUUACCCCUAUUCGGGUAGAGCUGCUUUGAGCCUAUCACUUUAAGAAAACUGCAACAGACUGUAUGUGCUCUAUAUUUGUCUUGUCAGUACCUUAACUUCAAAGGCUCAGGAACAGCUUGAGCCGGAUAGGAGUAUGUCGACAAGGAAAGGUUAUCUUUAAUCAAAUCCUGUGCGUAUAAGUACAUGAUUUCCAUAAGAAAUGUUAACGUCUUUAAGGCAAACAGGAUUGGCUUGUAGCAUGUUACACAAGAAACCCUUCUGGUUUGAAUUGAGCAUUUGUCUUUGAAUUAUAAUUGGUGCAAAUGGGAAUCUCCAGCCUGCAGGAGAGGAAAUAAAAUUCACAGAAAUAGUGUGACCCGUUCAAAGGCCGAGCAGCUUAACUGAGGUUAUUAAUGGAAUUAUACAAGGAGAACCUUGGGGAACGUUAAAAGCACUGAUCACCUCGGUCCACUUUUUUUAUAGGCUUUUAUUUAGAUUAACAGUAAUGGUUAAAAUGCUGAAACAUUCUUGAUAAGAUCCUUGAACAUGUGCAGUGCAUAUGUAAAUUACACAGUGCUUCAAAACAAAUGCUUUGCCUCCCUGCCACCCUUGCCUUAAGGUCUUGCUUCUACUCUUUAACAAUGUAAAGGAGCAUAAGAGAGUUGUAAUUUUUUUUUGUGUUUGCAAUGAACAGUGUUGAUCUGUCCUGUUGGAAUGGAGCAAGUGAGAAUUAAAUGUGAGAUUGUGAUCCAGUAAUGUCAUGAAAGAAAAGGAACUUGUACCAAAGAUCUGCAAUAUUUGUAAAUGUUUAGUUUAUUUCAAAGUAAGGUCACACUCAUUGUAUUAUUUUAAAAUAAAAUGUAAUAAAGUUCUUUUUAUAGAAA